UGUGUGUGUGUGUGUGUGUGUGUGUGUGUGUGUGUGUGUGUGUGUGUGUGAGAGAGUGUCUUCAGGAGUGGACCAGCAGCAGGUGUGAUGUCGGUGUCUCAGGUCACGCCCACUCUGUUCCUCGGUGGAGCCGACGCCCCGCUGAACGCCGCUCUGGUGUCGCAGAAGAACAUCACGCUGAUCGUGAACGCGACGCUGCUCCACGCCAGCCCGUCCUACCGCGGGGUGGAGUGUGUGCGCGUCCCCGUCGCCGACCUGCCCAGCGCCCGCCUCGGAGACCACUUCGACCGGGUGGCCGAGCGCAUCCACGGCAACCGCGGGGGCACGCUGGUCCACUGCGCCGUCGGGAUGAGCCCGCCGGCGCUGGUGAUGGCCUACCUGAUGCGUUACAGAGCGGUGACGCUCCGCCAGGCGCACCGCUGGGUCCAGGAGAGCCGGCCCUCCGUCAGGCUCAACGCCGGCUUCUGGGAGCAGCUGCUGCAGUACGAGAGGAGGCUGUACGGGAAGAACACCGUGCGGGUGGCGGCGGUCCGGGAGACGCCGGCGCUGACGCAGAGGGCCGCGCCGCCGCCGCGUACGCAGACCACCAGACUGCCGCUGGUCCCCAGGUCGCCUCUGACGUCACGACCUCAGGUGAUGACUCCGGCAAACAGGCGAAGAAGAGGAGCCAAAGCCGGCAGCGUCAAAGUGUGAGCACCGAGAUGACCCCUAAACCUACGUUACCCACAAUGCAACUGGACCUCUGACAGCGGAGGUCAUGGUGGCGGCGACCUCACUGACCUUAACCUUCUCUCCACUUCACCUCUGAGCAUCCAGAGGUUUGACCUCUGACCUCCUGCUGUGAUGGACAGGUGUACUCCAGGACUCUGUGACAUCACUAAUUGCUAACCGCUCCUGUAACUAAUUGGCACUAUUAAUGCUGCGUUCCAGACCCAGCGACGUAAACAUGAACAUGGCUGUGACAAACUGAUGUUUCCAUGGCAACCGUUAUCACAAAAUACCUGUUUAUUUAUCAUCAUUGUCAUAACUGCUCAUGUUUAGAGAUGGAUGACAUGAAGCAGCUUCCUGAUGAAUCACCAUCAUCCUCUUAUUUUAACUCUUCAUCAGACGUCUUCAAAGGCACAAGCAGGAGGUCUGACGUUGAGUGGUGGGCCGCUCUACUGGUCCCAGUAGGAGGUCUGAAGUUCUCAAGUCCCAGCUGGUUAGCGUGGUAGCAUUAGCUUCCCAGCUUCUGUAGUUUAAAGGACUGAAUGAACUCAUUCAUCACAAGAUGUUUUCUGUUCUUCAGUUUCUGGCUCAGAUUUGGCAGCUUGUUGUCGAUGAAGUGAUUCAGAUUCCUCUGCUGAUCGGAGGAGCAGACCGGGUCCUGUUAGAACCAGGUUCUGGUUCUGAGUUAGAACCAGGUUCUGGUUCAGGUCGUGGGUCAGAACAUGCUGUCUCGUUCUUCAUCAGGACUCUUUUCUGAUUUCUGGGUAAAUCUGAACCGCUUAUUAAAAUGUCUUCUGGUUUCUCUUGAAUCUCCAUCGGGACAAAGACCUCCUGAUACUUCAGAACCAGCUGACGGAUCAGAUCCAGUUCACUCCUGGUCUGCCAUCAAAACACAAGCAGAAGAAGAAGAAGUCUCUGAAGAAGAGACUUUCUGUUGAACGGACUCUUGGGUCCAAAUGGAAUCAGACUGUUUGGUGUGAACUCCGUUUACCAGAAUCCAUCCUGUCUCCGUGGUCACACUUUAAUAUGAGUGGAUGAGUCUCUCAUAUAGCAUUUAGCUUCACUAAAUUAUAAUAAUAACUAAUAAUAAUAAUAAUAAUUAUUAUUAUUAUUAUUAUUAUUAUUAUUAUUAUUAUUAUUCAAUUCAAUUCAGUUUAUUUAGUAUAGCCCAGAAUCACAAAUUACAAAUUAGCCUCAGAGGGCUUUACAAUCUGUACACAUGAGACAUCCUCUGUCCUUCCCUCCCCUUAUUGUUAUUAUCAUUAUUAUUAUUAGUUAUUAUCAUUAUUAUUAUUAGUUAUUAUCAUUAUUAUUGUUAUUAU